AUGAGUCCCCCCGCGGCCCUCGAUGUCAACCUUGUAGGAGUGUCCGACACUUCAACCGUUCCUAUUCCGGACCCACUUGCUGUCAAUGGCAUCUCUGCGUGGAGAGCAAAGACGGCCAACAUCCCCACUGGUGUGGCGGCAGCAUGCAACAGUGAUAUGUUCAAGAGCCCGGUUUGUUACACCAAGCCCAAGGCCAAGCGUUUCGAACACCGAUUCUCCGUUGAAGCCAAGUCUCGCAAGGCGUCCACUUUGAAGACCGCCGCUCGCUACCUCAAGAACCCAGGCCUGAUCUCUCUCGGCGGUGGGUUGCCCUCGGCUGAAUACUUCCCCUUCGAGCACCUCGAUAUCAAGGUUCCCACCGUGCCAGGAUUCUCUCCCGAGGAGACUCAAAAGUCAGGCACAGUGUUGCGCGCUGGAAAGCAUGAUAUCCAAGAAGGCACCAGCACUUAUGACUUGGAGAUUGCACUUAACUAUGGACAAGCUACCGGAGCUGCGCCAUUGCUUCGUUUUGUGACUGAGCACACCGAGAUUAUCCAUGCUCCCCCCUACUCUGACUGGCAAUGCACUUUGACAGCGGGCAGCACCUACGCCUGGGACACUGCCCUCCGUUUGCUGUGCGAGCGGGGCGACUACAUCCUCAUGGAGGAAUACACCUUUGCCAGUGCCGCUGAAACUGCCUUCCCCUUGGGUCUGAAGGCCGCCGGCAUCCCAAUGGACGAACAAGGUCUCCUCCCCGAAGCAAUGGACGACAUUCUCAGCAACUGGGAUGUCAACGCUCGCGGCGCUCGCAAGCCUCAUGUGCUUUACACCAUUCCCACAGGUCAGAACCCUACUGGUGCCACCCAGUCAGCAGACCGCCGCCGUGCCGUUUACAAGGUUGCCCAGAAGCACGAUGUCAUCAUCGUCGAAGACGAGCCCUACUACUUCCUACAAAUGCAGCCAUAUGUUGGCGAGGACGCUAAACCAGUUCCUCCCCCUGCUACCCACGAGGACUUCAUCAAGUCUCUGGUCCCCUCGUUCCUGAGUAUGGAUGUUGAUGGCCGUGUGGUUCGUUUGGAGUCUUUCUCCAAGGUUGUUUCUCCCGGUACCCGUGUCGGAUGGAUCGUUGCCUCCGACCAAAUCAUCGAACGAUUCAUUCGUAACUUCGAGGUGUCUUCGCAGAACCCUAGCGGUAUUGCUCAAAUGGCUCUCUUCAAGCUUCUCGAUGAGCACUGGGGUCACUCUGGGUACUUGGAUUGGUUGAUUAACCUGCGCAUGUCAUACACUACCCGUCGCGACUCGCUCGUUCAUGCUUGUGAAAAGCAUCUGCCCCGCGAGAUCGCUCACUGGGACGCCCCUGCCGCAGGCAUGUUCCACUGGAUCAAGGUUGAUUGGCGCAAGCACCCCGGCGUAGCUGCCGGCAAGACCCACGCAGAGAUCGAAGAAGAGAUCUUCUUGGCUUCUGUCGACGCAGGUGUCCUCCUGUCCCGUGGUAGCUGGUUCAAGCCCGACCGCGACACUGUCGAAGAAAACAUGUUCUUCCGUGCUACUUUUGCAGCUGCUUCCUCUGAGAAGAUUGAUGAAGCUAUUUCCCGCUUCGCUGCUUCCCUGCGCACUCAAUUCGGUCUUUAA